AGGCUACUGUAAAUGUUCUGAAAUCUCAACAUUUUCCUUCAUUGUGACCUCAGUUUAAUGUUGGACAGUUUAAACAAAUGUCAACAUUAUGACCAUUCCAAUCAGUCUUUCUGCUGCAUUUCAGGGUGACUGUUCAUAUUUGUGGUCACUCCAAUAAGAUUGUCACAAUAUAGAAUUGUCUAUGUUUAAUGUUUUUUGUAACAUCAAGACCAAACAACUGUGAAAUUCUUAAUCCUUUCCUUUAUUCUCUGUGGUACACAACAUUAUUAUUGCUCUAGUAUGUGAUCAGCUUUAUGAAAUCAAAUGUUCUGCAUAUUUAAAGUUAAUGUGAUAUAAAGAGAAAUGUUGGGUUGACAAUGUCUUAAUUGUCCCUACCAUUCAUUAUUUAGAUUUGAUUAUCUAUUAAAUUGCAUUUGACAGAUAAAUAUUUUUUGGAAUUAUUACUUGGUUUGGUUAUAUAGUAUCAGGGAAAUAUUCAUAUUUUUACAUCAGCCAAGUAAGUUUGUGAAGAAAAUUUACAAAAAGUUGGAAAAUACAGGAAGUAGUGCUGCGUUCUAAAACAGAACCCCUCUAUGUGUGAAAUCUACUGUCAUCAGUUAAAUCCAAAAUACAGGGACAAUUUACACACAAAGAACAAAUUUUCUCUGACAGUUGGUUUAAUAAAACUAAUAAAUAUGAAGUAAGUGUGUUGUAAUAAAUUUUUAUUUGUCAAACCAGAACUAUUGUAUAAUUUAGGCAUGACCCUGGUUACCAUACCUGCUAAAUAACAUACCUACCUAUGACACAGUCUGUCACAUAUGUCUAUGAUCAUAUCUUCUGUCCAUGUCCAGUCUGGAAGUAAAAUGAUAAAUUUCACCAAAAUUACAAAAUUAGAAAAGCCCAGGCAAAAUGUUUAGUCAUUCCUUAAAUAUAAUGAUGUUAACUAUGUUUUAGAGAAUUAGUGGUCUAACCUGUCAUAUGCACCUUAAAAUAAAACUCUUGACUUCACACCACAGACCGUAUCUUUUAUACACUCUACGCUUCGCACUGAGGUAGACUUUGCGUGAUGACGUUGUAAGAGCGUCUCAGUAACAACCCGGAAGUAGCGUGGUGAUCGCUGACUGCAGGAUGUUCACAUUCAGCUUGACAUUCAUACGGCAUGGAGAAACGCAGUACAACAGAGACAAACUUCUUCAAGGUCAAGGCGUGGACACUCCAUUAUCAGUGACAGGUGAACAGCAGGGACAGGCUGUGGGGCAGUACCUUCAGGACAUCCCGUUCAGCAACGUGUUUGUGAGCAAUCUGCAACGCGCUGUGCAGACUGCUGAACUCAUUCUAAGGAACAAUACUCACUGUUCUGACACCAGGAUGAUUUUGGAGCCUUUACUCAGAGAAAAGAGUUUUGGCAUUGCUGAGGGACGUCCCAAAGAGAGCCUAAAGAACAUGGCUAAUGCUGCUGGACAGUCGUGUCGUGACUACACUCCUCCUGGAGGGGAGACCUUAGACCAGGUGAAAACACGUUUCAAAAUAUUCCUUUCAUUCCUUUUCAAUCAACUUUUGGAGUCUCAUGACUGGUCAGUACAGGACGCUGCUGCAACAUUGAACGAUGGAGAUGCCCCAGACAGCCCCCACUGUGGGUUUGCCAGUGAUGGGCUCGAAGGAGUUCCUGUCCAUGUUUUAGUGGUGAGCCAUGGAGCGUAUAUACGUAUAGCCAUUAAACACAUGGUGGAGGACCUGAAGUGCUCUCUGCCCAAAGGGGUAAAGAUGUCCCAAAUCUUCUCACCAUGUCCAAACACAGGAAUAAGCCGCUUCAUCCUCACCCUGCAGCGCUCUGACUCUGGGCCUGUGCUCUCUGCUGCUCGGUGCGUUUUUGUCAACAGACAGGACCACCUGCUAAACCUUGAAGCUGUCGAGUAAAACAGUGUACAUCACAUGUGUACAUAGACACACAUCCUCAAACAAAGGGAAUUGUGAAUCACUGUAGAAUUAUAUGGACCAUAAACAGGGUAUUGUAUUUGUCUCAUCUGACUCGUUAAACAAAUAUGCUAAUACAACACUAAGAGACAAGUUACAUGCACAAAUCUGAAUAGUAAGUGUUUCUUUUAUUUAUUUUUUACCAUCAACCAAAGCAAAAUUAUUUAUUGUUUCACUGAAUGUUUCAAGUGCAAUACAUUUGAAAUUGUGGUGCAUCUGCCUGUGCAAUACUGUACAUGUAAUUUUUGUUGUUGGACAAAGUGGUUUACACUGUAGUUUCAAUAAAUUAUAAAUAUUUUUUCUG